AGCGGCGGCGGCGGCGGCGGCGCGGCCCCCAUGCACUGCACCAGAAUGAUACAGGUCUUGGACCCGAGACCCUUGCCAAGCUCCAUCAUGCCUGUGGACAUGGCCAUGCGAAUUUGCCUAGCCCAUUCUCCACCACUGAAGAGCUUCCUCAGCCCUCUCGAGGACUGCCAAAGAAACAACUUUGUGAACAGACUCAAACCUCUCAGACCGUGCCUGCAUGUGAAACGUGACUCCAAAGAUCAAGAGAACGACUGGAACCACUCGCCAGCCCGAGCCAAGAAACGAGUCGUGUUUGCGGACUCGAAGGGGCUGUCCCUGACGGCGAUACACACCUUCUCUGAGUUCCAGGAGCACCCUGGGUGGGAUCUUCAGUUUGACCUCUUAGACAUUGAGCACAUAACAUCUAACUUAAAACUGCACGAGGAGAAAAACUUGAUUCUGGGUUUCCCUCAGCCCUCAGCUGACUACCUGGACUUCAGGAACCUCCUGCAGAAGAACUUGGUCUGCCUGGAGAACUGCGCCCUGCAAGAGAAGGUGCUGUCGGGCACUGUGAAAGUAAAAAACGUGAGCUUUGAGAAAAAGGUUCAGGUACGAAUUACUUUUGAUACGUGGAAGACCUACAGGGAUGUUGAGUGUGUGUACAUGAACAAUGUUUACAGCGAUUCUGAAAACGAUACCUUCUCAUUUGCCAUCGACUUGCCUCCUGCCAUUUCCUCUGAAGAGAAGAUAGAGUUUUGCAUUUCUUACCAAAGUGAAGGACAUACCUUCUGGGACAAUAACGAGGGUCAGAAUUACAAGAUUGUUCAUGCAGAGUGGAAGCCUGAUGGUGUUCAGAUACCCUCUGCCAAGGAAGACUGUGUAGAUCUUCAAACUCCAAGGAGAGGACAAGAGAAAGAGCCUGAUCAGCUUGGCAGUCCGAGGCUGUCCAGUGGCCUCUUUCCCCAGUGGCAGAGUUUGGGUCGGAUUGAAAAUUCAUCACCAUAUUGGUGAUCCAUAAUACCAAGGAAUUAUUCUUCCAUUUGGCAACAGAACAGCAUUAGUUUUCUGGUUCACAUACUACAUGAUGAAACCACCUGGCAGGUUUUGUUUGCUGUCUGAAGAAAUCCAAAUUCACUAGUCUGUGGGACUUGUUAAACCAUAUUAUGCUACUGAAGUUCUUAGCCAAACCUUAUCCUUGGAAGGAAAGAAAACCGAGAUAAAACACACGUGUAUGCCACCUAGUAUAGGAAUAGCAUGCCCGUAUCUCCAGUAUAUGCUGCUUUCUUUCUGUUGUCAGGUCUCCUGGGUCACUCUAGGGGAGAGACUUGCAAAGUAGUAUGGAAGGCAAUGGUAUGUUAGUAAGCUGUAAUAACUGUAUGCGUCAGAGUAUGUGUGUGUGCACAGGGCUGUUAUAUUAACAGAAUGUCACAAUUCACAUUGCACCUAUUAGGAGUGCAGUAGAUGCUGUCAAGAGACUUGCUAUGAGCCUCUAUGUGCUUGUAGCAGAGGCAGGUAGGGAUGCAUUGCAAAGAUUUUUGGCUUCAAUAUAGGUUAAGAAACUUGGACAGGAUAACGGAGAAGUAAGAAAAGAAGAAGAGGUAGAAUGUGCUAUGUAACUUGGAGAUGUGCAAUGUUCUAAUUGCUUCUUUCCAAAGCUGUUUUUCUAAAUCCCAGGGGAAGUUCUAGGAGAUAAAAAGACUAAAGAAAAUAAAACAAAGUGAGUGGUGGAAGUGACUAUGACUUUGAGAAGAUGUCUAUCCUCACUGGCUUUGAGAACGCCUUGCAUUUGAUAACAAAUCUAACCUUGACUUCACCAUCCUACUCACUUAGCAGGCAGAUGGUUACCUUUUAAUGUUAAAAGAAAAACGUGCUUUUAAAAAAAAUUUUCAAGCCACCCUAAUAUGCCAGAAAUGGGGUCAGGUGACAAAAUAGCAAUUUGUAAAUUUCUUGAUCUGUAGCAGCAUUAGGUGCUUCUGUUCAUCACCUGAUCUAAUCUUACAGCAUGAGUAUCCUACUCCCAAUUGCAAAGUUAGCAAUGACUUUUCACAAGUGCAUAACAUAGGCAAGGUCCUUCAUAUUGAAGACAGUGAAUUUAGUUGCACUUUGUGAAAACUAAUUUCUUUUAAAGAGCAAGGCUGCUACUAGUUUUUUCUAGACUGAAUAUAGGCUCGCACAUAGAAAACUGUUCUAUUUUACCUCAUUUUUGAAGUUUUUUUUUUAGACUUCAAUAAACUAAUAUAUAUUUUGUAUCCGCAUGCUUAUAAUUUAGCUUUCUGAGCUGUCAAACUCUAAAGGUGAUCUGUGUUUCAUGCGAGACUUGUCUGAGAAAUUGUCCAACACAUGCUCAGCGGGUGUGAAUAUUGGCACACCUUUUAGCUGUACAGAAAUGCUGUUAACAUCAAAAUAUAAAUCACAUUUUUGUCCACAGCUAAGAAGUAUAAUAUCCUGAGUGUGAAGCUAUUUGCAGUGCAGUGAGAUGAUAAUUACUAAGGUGAAAUAAAUCUCCUCCACUAAUUGCACUUUUCCGCUAUGUAAUCCUUGCUGUUAUGUGUGAACUAGCCAUUUUAAGAAUAAACUUUAUUUUGAUAUA